CAUCCAGCGGCCCACAUCCUUUCUCAACACAAAGCGAGGGAACAAACUUGAACCAUAUCUCUCUCUCACUCUCUCUCGCUAUAAAAAUCCCGCUCAAUCAAUCUUCCCCUUCCAAACACUCUUUCUCACUCUCUCACUCUUCUUCAUCACCGUCACAGGAAAAAAUCAAGCGAAAUGAGAGAAAUCCUUCACGUUCAAGGAGGACAAUGCGGUAACCAAAUCGGUUCAAAGUUCUGGGAGGUUGUUUGCGACGAGCACGGCAUAGAUCCAACCGGAAGAUACGUCGGAAACUCAGAUCUACAACUUGAGCGCGUCAAUGUUUACUAUAACGAAGCAUCAUGUGGAAGGUUUGUUCCACGCGCCGUCCUCAUGGAUUUAGAGCCUGGUACUAUGGACAGUGUCCGUACUGGUCCUUACGGUCAGAUCUUCCGUCCUGAUAACUUCGUGUUCGGUCAGUCCGGCGCCGGUAACAAUUGGGCGAAAGGACAUUAUACUGAAGGCGCGGAACUUAUUGACUCCGUUCUCGAUGUUGUUAGAAAAGAGGCUGAGAAUUGUGAUUGUCUUCAAGGGUUUCAGGUGUGUCAUUCGUUGGGAGGAGGAACUGGAUCUGGAAUGGGAACGCUGUUGAUAUCGAAGAUAAGAGAGGAGUAUCCUGAUAGGAUGAUGCUUACAUUCUCUGUGUUUCCAUCACCGAAGGUUUCUGAUACUGUUGUUGAACCUUAUAAUGCUACUCUCUCUGUUCAUCAGUUGGUUGAGAAUGCUGAUGAGUGUAUGGUUCUUGAUAAUGAGGCUUUGUAUGAUAUCUGCUUCAGGACUCUUAAAUUGACUACUCCUAGCUUUGGUGACUUGAACCACUUGAUCUCCGCAACUAUGAGUGGAGUGACUUGCUGCCUUCGUUUCCCUGGUCAACUCAACUCUGAUCUCAGGAAACUGGCUGUGAAUCUUAUCCCAUUCCCUCGUCUUCACUUCUUUAUGGUUGGUUUUGCGCCUCUUACCUCUCGUGGCUCUCAGCAGUACCGUGCAUUGACUGUUCCAGAACUCACCCAGCAAAUGUGGGAUUCCAAAAACAUGAUGUGUGCUGCUGAUCCCAGGCAUGGCCGCUACCUCACUGCAUCUGCCAUGUUCAGGGGUAAGAUGAGCACCAAAGAGGUGGAUGAGCAAAUGAUUAAUGUCCAGAACAAGAACUCUUCCUACUUUGUUGAGUGGAUCCCCAACAAUGUUAAGUCAAGUGUCUGUGACAUUGCUCCUAGAGGUCUCUCCAUGGCUUCCACAUUCAUUGGUAACUCAACCUCCAUUCAAGAAAUGUUCAGGAGGGUUAGCGAGCAAUUCACUGCUAUGUUUAGGAGGAAGGCUUUCUUGCAUUGGUACACUGGCGAAGGCAUGGAUGAAAUGGAAUUCACAGAAGCAGAGAGCAACAUGAAUGACCUUGUAUCUGAAUACCAGCAGUACCAGGAUGCCACUGCUGAUGAAGAAGGAGAAUAUGAGGACGAGGAAGAGGAGCAAGAGCAUGACGCAUAUGAAUAAAAGAAAUUACUAAGUAUGAUGCGUAAGUGUGAUCAGUAGCGCUCUUCUAUCUUUAGUGACGAUUGUAAUUAAUAUGUUCUGAGGAAUUCUUGUUAUGAGCCUGAUGUGGAGAGAAUGGAAAUCCCAAUUUGGGCAACGGAGGUGAAGGGUAGUGGGAAUUUAAGUAGUACAUGGUUUAAAGUAGUUCUGCACCCAUCUAUUUGUUUCUGUAUGAUGUUGGCUUGCAUUGUUGUUUCUUCUAUCUGGUACUGAUCAUGUUUCCUUAAUAUUUUGUCAUUCUUAUGCAUGACUUUUUUCUUCUA